AUAAGGUUUGUUUUGGUUCAGAUAUUAUCUCGACUAUAGAAGUGAAGUGAUUACCUAUUAGAAUUAUAAUAUUUAUGUUCAUUGAUGCCAAUAAUGUCAGGGAAAAAAUGUCUUGGAAGCCAGGCCAAAGAAGUUGUUGCUAGGGUAUAUCACCAUAUAAAAAAAGAAAAGUUUAAUGGUGUUCUAAAUCUUACCAAUGCGAUGUGGCGAACUGUACAAGCAACAGGUUAUAGUGAAUGUGUUAUAAACAGUAUAUUAAAAGAAAUUGAAGAACAACAUGAUGCAUGCAAAUCUGCAGAUGGCACAGAGGAAACCAAAAUUAAGACAAGCACAUUGACAGAAACAGCAGAGGAAACUAAAAUGGCACCAACAAAUGAUAUAACUGAACAGACUAAAGUAAUAAUUGCUAGGGUCUACCAACAUAUGAAAAAAGAGGCAGAAAUAGUAAAGCUUAUUGAUCCUAAGAGCCCUAGCCGGCGAGCUGCAAAAGCUACUGGGUACAGUCAACGAACAAUAUUCAAAGUUCUAAAAGAAGAACAACAAGCUUGGUCAAAAGCAUCAACAUAUAGUGACACAAAACCAAUAUUUAAGCCACCAACUAAAAGAAGACGCAUUUGCCCAAAAUCAACAUUGGAUAACUAUGACCUGUCUUUACUUCGACAAACAAUUAUUUCAUAUCUCACCAAAAAUCACAAAUUGCCUACAUUAAAACAACUGCUGGAAAAUGUAACAAAAAAAAUUGAUUACAAAGGCUGCAAAGAAUCUUUUCGGAAAAUUGUGUAUGAUGCAGGUUUCGAAUGGUCUGGUCCAGAUAAUCACAAAGUACUUGUUGAAAGGCAUGAUGUUCAAAUGUUUCGAUUUAGAUAUCUAAAACAACUGCAAAAAUAUCGCGAUGAAGGUAGAUACAUAGUUUUUACUGACAAUUACUGCGUUGACUCGACAUCCAUGCAGAAGAAAUUGAAAAACGAAAAUGGAACAGCACAGAAAAGGUCAAAAGGAAUUCGGGUCAUAAUUAUUCAUGCGGGUGGGUCUCAAGGUUUUGUUCAAAAUGCCUGCUUAAUAUAUGAAGCGAAUCCAAAAACUGAUGAAAGUAUGAAUUUCAAGAAAUAUAAGAAAUGGCUUACAAACCAACUACUGCCUAAUUUGCCAGAAAAUGCUGUUAUUGUCAUGACUAAUGAAAAUUGUGUAUUUGAAAAUUGUCCUAAUCCUAAUUCUACUAAAAGCUUUAUGCAUGCAUGGUUGACCGAACAAAAUAUUGAAUAUGAGGAAACAAUGAAUAAAGUAGAACUGUAUGAUUUAGUAUUGAAAGGCCAAGCGACAUUCAAAAGCCACACCAUUGAAGAACUAGUUAGGUCAAAGGGUUUCCCAGAGCUAAGACUACCUCCUCAUCACCCUGACCUGAAUCCAAUGGAACAUAUUUGGAGAGCAUUAAAAACAGAUGAAGUUUUAAAUAAUGUUGAGGAAGACUUGACAAGUAAUCUUAAUUUAAUAAAAGAACGCAUUGAAAUGAUUGAUAGAGCGGUGUGGGAAGACGCAUGUCGGCAAGUUAUAGAGGCGGAAAAACAAUACAUUAAAUAUUUUGAUAAUAAAGUUUAAAUGGGCUUCCACCAUUGCAAUAUUUCAUACAAAAUGUAUGUUUCAUACAAAGUCAUAGAAGUUAGGAGAAUGUUAACUAGUUUACCAACAUAUAGUUUAUACUAACGUGUUAUUUUGACAACUAUUUAAUAGUUUAAUAUUUGCCUAGUAGUAGACGUCAAAUAUAGUUUAGAAUUUUGUAUUCCGCCUUUAAGUCGAAAAAUGUAAACUUAUCUUUUGUGGUCAGUACUGGCGCGAUUUUUUUUUCUAUGGCUUUUACUCCUGAUAAUUAGCACAGGGUGAAUUUGCCAGUGUCGGAACUGGUGCAUUAUGAUGUCGGUUUACAUGAGGCCAAUAUAGACAAACUAAAUUCUAUGAGUCGUUAUUUAUUUUUAUAGGUUUAUCCCUUCAUGUCUUGCCACCUAAUUGCUGUUGAAUCAAUGUUGAAUAUCCCGGUCCACACAGAGCGAAGCGAUGCAGGCCGCGAAGCAAUGUGCUCACGCGCCAAGCGUGCUAAGUAGAAAAGUCUCGGCCGAGGCAUGCGCGCAUUAAGCCGCGUAUCGACUGCGCGCGGCAAAUCAUCGAACAUUGGCUCGCGCGGCGGCCGCGCAAUAUGGGGACGGGUCUGCCGCGCGCGGCAGCUUGAACAUUGGCGCGCUCGAACGUGCCGCGCGGCGAACCAGUUCGUGUCGGUUUUUGGUGGCGCGGCAAAGGAGCGUCAGUGUGUUGUGCGUGCGCAAUUGGGACGGACCUAAAUGAAUGUUUGGUCACGGAUCGCCUGCCGCGCGCCGCUGCCGCGCUAUAUGAAAAUGUUGAGCUUUAAAUUGGCUCGCGCACCAAAACGCAGGUUUGGCGCGGUCGAACAUGGCUCGCGCGGCAGUCGCCCGCAGUCGAUACGCGGCUUUAUGCUCGACCGAGCAUCCUGCCUCAGCCGAGGCACGUCUACAUUGGACGUUUGCCACGUGAUCACAUUGCCUCCCUCUCUGUGUGGACCCGGAUAAUUAGUAACUCCUGUUGGCCAAAUUGACCACGUGACCGCCCCUGGGCUGGGCACACACAUUGCCACUUUUCUUUGUUUGGGGAAAAAGGGUUAUACAAAAACACAAGUUAGUUUAUUCAUACAAUAUAAUCUUACUAUAAUAAAAUUCAGGAAAACAUUAUCAUACAUGAAUAAAUACAAUAUUAAUAAUAGAACAAUGAACUUUCUUUCCACAAGUUUAUAUUAAAGAUGUAUUAUUACGAAAGAAAUGAACAUAUAACAAUUGCUAUUAUUAUUAUCAUAAUGUGAUAGGAAUGAUUUGAAUGAAUCACUUUAACAUCAAUGAUUUAUUUGCAAUUCGCAUUAUACAAUAUGUAAGCAUUCUGUAUCUGAAAAACAUUAAUAGUCUUAUUUAAUACAUUAAGCUGAUUUGUCUCUGUGACUGCAUGCUUUUGAGAUACAGAACGAAUUACAAAUGAAUGAAAUCUACGUAUUCUAAUAAUAAUAAGGCAUUUCUGGGGUCAUUCCGCGUAAAACUGGGUAAAAUAUGAAUCUCUCGAACUAAUAAUGUGUAUACAAAAUG